UAGAUCAGUAAUAAUGAAAUUAAACGGCUAGGAAAUAGAUGUAUUAUUCAUCAUUGUUGGAAGGGCUCCUUUACUUCUAUAAUUCAUUAUAGAAGUAAAAGGAUAUAUUUGCGCGCACACAGAGAACAAUUUUCUUUCGAUGUAGAAGAAGAGGGAGUAGAAAUCGAAAGUACAUCUUACCGGUAGCACACAUCAGAACGUAUUCAGUCGUCUCCAGAGCGAGCUCGGUAAAGUUCAUUGUUUCUUCCUUCUCUUUUUCUUUCUUUUUUUUCUCUUUCUCUCUCUCUCUCUCUCUCUCUCUCUCUUUCUUUUUUCUAUUUCUUUUGCUUUCUGUUUUUCAUUUAUUGUCUCUAUCAUUCUCUAUCUAUCGAGAAUAAUUUAAGAAAAAAAAUUGAUCACUUUUCACAAUCGGUUUUGAUAACUGCUCGGUAAACAAGAUGAAGGAAGAAGGAAGAAGAAGAAAAAGAGGAAAAGGACAGAACGUUUUCUCGAAGUUAUAAACAGAAAAAUAUACAACUAUAGGAAGGUCAAAUUGUGUAUAUACAUAUAUGUGUUUGGAAAAAGAUCUCUGAGUUUGUUGAGUUUGCUGAAAAAUAAAAGCAAAAGAAUGAAUCUUUUUGGAUCGUUGAAAUGUCAUCGAAUAAACUGUAUUAAAAAAAGAACGAAGACAUAGUGAAAAUUAAGAAGUUCAUCGUUUUUGUUUUUUCCGACAUAUAUCAUUUUUUUUCUUUUUAUGUUAUAAAAUAUAUACUAUAUAAACUUUGAUAUUUUCGAUAUGAUUCGUUCGGUAUCGAUCAUUAAAUCAUCAUUUUUUCAUUAAAAAUUAUUAAAUUGUUAUAAAACUGAGAUUUGUUCGUUGACAACUAUCAAGAAGAUGACACAAAUCAAGAACAUGGAAAGCACCAUUGAAAAUACAGUCAGCAAUGGUGAAAAAAUAACACCGAUGGAAUUAAACGGCGAUGUUGGCGAUAAUCUGGCGCCUAUUUCAAAAUAUCGAGAAGCCUUACCGCAGUGCUGUGCUGUGGGCGCAAAAAAUCUAGUCCUGAUCACGUUUGGUUCCACUUUGGGCUUCUCGACAAUUCUGAUACCAGAAUUACAAAGCAAGAAUUCUGAAAUUCCCACAACUAUUGAAGAAAUUACGUGGAUCAGCAGUUUAAAUUUGUUUCUUGUACCAUUAGGCUGUUUCGUAAGCGGCCCAAUAUCUCAGUAUUUAGGUAGAAAACGAACGAUGAUGAUUGCAAAUAUUCCAUUCAUAAUGGCCUGGCUGACUUUCCAUUACUCUUACAAUACUACCAUGCUGUUCAUAGCUCUAGCAAUGACAGGACUUACUGGUGGAUUGAUCGAAGCACCAGUGAUGACAUAUGUUGCCGAAGUUACCCAACCUCGUUUACGAGGAAUGUUAUCAGCUACAUCCACCAUGUCUGUCAUUUUAGGAGUUUUCACACAGAUGCUCGGCGGUAGCUUAACCAAUUGGAGAACGGUGGCAGUGAUUAAUUUGACAUAUCCACUCGUGUGUUUUAUCGCACUCCUCAUGGUUCCCGAGAGUCCUCAUUGGCUGGCCGCAAAGGGUCGUACGAAGGAAGCUGAAAGAGCUUUGUGUUGGCUCCGUGGAUGGGUUACUCCAGCACACGUGAAAACGGAGUUCAUUGGACUUUGCGAUAUUGUGAGGAAACCGGUGGACACAACGUCGGAAAAAGAGAAACUUUGGAAAUCUUACAAGAAAAAGACAUGUUAUGUGCCUUUUAUAUUGGUGACAACAGCCUUUUUCAUUGGUGCAUUUGGUGGUACUUCGAUUCUCCAGACUUUUGCCGUUGUCAUUUUCGAAGAAAUGAGCGCUCCCAUCGACAAAUACACGGCUGCAGUAUUUCUCGGGAUCGCUGAAUUAGUUGGCACAGUGACCUGUGUAUCAACCAUUCAUUUUAUCGGGAAACGCUUGUUAACUUUCUUCUCUUUAAUUGGAAUAGGAUCCAGUUUGCUUCUAGCGGUUAUUUAUGGUUAUCUCAACGAUAAUCAAAUUAUUCAGGGAGAAAAUUAUACCUGGAUACCGAUGACCUUGAUGAUAGCUGCCGCCUUUCUCUCUCACAUUGGUAUCAGGUUAUUACCUUGGAUUCUAGCCGGUGAAGUAUUUCCUGUUAAGGUACGAAGUAGUGCAACUGGAGUAGCUGGCUCAAUCGGAUAUAUUUUCAUGUCGAUCGCAAACAAGACUUUUCUGUACAUGAAGACCAGCAUGUCUCUAUCAGGGACGUUGUUUUUUUAUGCCCUAAUAAAUUUCGUUGGUGGAAUUGUACUUUAUUAUAUAUUACCAGAAACGGAAGGUAGAACGUUAAGGGAAAUUGAGGAACAUUAUGCUGGAGUGCAAAAUUUAAAGGACAGACCAAAGAAAGAAGAGCUACCAUUCAAAGAGAAAUGGGCAGCCACAAAUUCUGCUGUUAUUUAUGAUGACGAAAGCAAACUUUAAAUUACCAUCUCAGUUACAAAAACCUACUGAAAUUAUAUAUAUAUAUAUAUAUAUAUAUAUAUAUAUAUCAAUCUAAUAUUGAGAUUAACUAUACGUUACGCCAGUUUUUAAAACAUGGUUAGAUGAUAAAUCGUAUUCGAGGUUGUUUACCGCAUUUUAACAUCAAGAAAAAAGGAGCUUCCUGUUUUUUAGAAUUAGAUCUUAAACAUUUUAAAUGUAAAAAUUUUACGUCGUCUUUUAAAACGAUUGUGAGCAAGAGUGAAUUAUUUAAUCGUUGAAAGAAUUCGUGUGUUUGUAUUUUUUAAAACAU